CUUCUUUUCAAAAUCAAACAGUCUGUGUUUCAGGUGGAUCGUAUUUCACACCAUGCAAACAGGUGGGGAUGAACAAGUGAAGGGUUUUUCGACAGCAUUUCACCCCAUUCUGGAUCGAAGCCACUCCGGAUGCCACGGAAAUUGGGGGUAAGAGUGUUUAAGUCCUGCUAAGUCUAUAAUGCUAAAAUGCUAUAUUUCAAUUUAACAAAAUGUGACUGGUUUACCCCUUUUGAGGACAAAGUUGGCACAAAAAUUAACUACUUUGGAAGAGUUAUAAACCUGUUUUGAGUUGAUUUUAAGACGAGCAUUAAGAAUAAAAACAAGAUUAGCUAGAAAGGAAGUGUUUUCUCAUCCAGACUUGUCGAGCCUGGAAUCAACAAGACAACAAGCAUUUUCACCUCCACUUUCAGCUCAAAAUGUUUCUCCCAUUGUUAGCUGUGGCAUCAGGUUUACCACGUAAGAGUCAUUCAGCUUUGUAUAAGACUGGACACAAAGAGGAGUGUCCCUGAGGCUAUUCAAUGUCAAUGUAAAGAAUACUUUACAUUGUGAAGUAUAACAUGCUGUCCUGCAGGGAGAAAAAACAUCCUCAUCUCCCCUGGAAUAAAUAAUAAUACUUAGCUUCCAGGCAGACUGAAGCAAACAGUGCAGAUGAUUUGAGAAGCCUGCCAAGCAGCAGAACAAUAUGGCGGGACAUUCGGCUGAGCACCACAAUGACACUGAGCCCUGCAAACAGCCCAACGUCAUUACAUACAGUAGCUUUUAGACAGCUUUAAGGAUGCUCUGCAAUAAGCAUGGGUGGCAGGGAAGCAAAGCUGCUGCACAGUGGCAGCCAGACAAGAAGCUGUUUAUCCUUUCAGGCAGCAAAGUGGCUUGACAUGUCAUUUCUGCUGCCCAGUGCACUGCCCCAGCAUGCUUUGCAGCCUGGAAAUGUCGUGACCAUUAUCUGGUAUUGUAUAAGCUUUGCAGAAGCUGUCAGCUGCAACACAUGUCUCGGAUGUAUGAUUGUGAGAGUGACUGUCAGGCAUAUGGAGUUUCAGGGGUUUAGGAAUGCAGUGUGACUGCGGGUGUCGAAAUUGAUUCAUUCAAUGUUUUUAAGGCAGUUUUUUUUCUCUCUCUGUGAAAAAAAUUCUAAUUCUAUUUUAAAAUAAAACACUGCAAAUGAUAUUACAUAAAAAUAAUCACUUACAAAAAUAAAAAUAAAUACCUGCCAUAACCGUUUGGCUGAGGAUCUACUGCGAGAAAAAUAUGUUAAAAAUAAUUACAUGGCUACUUUUUUCUUGGCUGUUGCUCCUGGUCUUGCAGGAACACAUUGCUACACACACAGGCACCGGUUGCCAUGACAACCCCUCUGUUGUUAAAAUGAUUUAUAAUAUAUUGAGCACUAUUGGAUACUAAUGCAAACCACCAAAAUACAGUAUGCCUCCUGUUUACCCUGAAGUUCUUUUUUUUUUUUUUUAUACACUGACAUUAAUGAAAGACUCGGUCGGUAAACGUGACAAUAAUGUAAUUAAUAUACGCUUCGUUUUUAGCCAGAGCGGUGGCCUUGCAUUGAAAUUCAUGUGUUUAUCACUUUAAAAUACACAAUGCAUUCACCAGCUCAUUAAUAAUAGUUGCGCACAGCUUUGGGCACGGAGCUGCAAGUGUCUGAGUAAUUGAUUUUGCAACAAAAGCAGAGAAAGUAUUUUAAUAAAGCAUAAUUACAGCAUAUUCUGCACAUGAUAAAAAAUGACCAGUCGUUUAUAAUGCAUUAUAUGCUGGUGUAUUAUUGACCACAAAAAGAGGAGUUUUCUGUCUCUGAGGAUGUAAAAAAAAACAAAAAACCUUGCCUCAGUUCGCUUUUGUCUUACAUAAUUCAUCGACUGUUGACCCUUUGUGCAGAAGUCAGAGAUGUCCAUUAAAAUCAGUAAUUAGCUUGUCAAUUCUUGUCUAAUAAGAAUUGUAAAUGCAGUUUUUCUAAGCGCCUGCUUCGGCGUUAUGAGGGGGUUUUAUAUUGUGUUGAGUCUGGUGACCCUGCUGGAUAAAUUUGAUAGUUUUUUUUCAACCCCUGAUGAAAUCAUGUGUAGAUAAAUGUUCAUCAAAGACCUUUUUUCCAUUACAAAUAAUAUAUUUAAGAAGAAAUCACUGCUAAUAAAACGUACAUGUUUUUGGUCAUUUCAUAUCCUUACUUUCUGCAUCUGAUCACUCACUCAAAAUUAAAGGAGUGCAUUCAAGCUGAGUUUGAUGACAACUGCUCUGCAGGUGUGAAUCCUCUCUGUCUUCAUGCCUUUUACUCAGUUUUAUUCAUGAACUUUUAUUGAUGCACGUCGGUGAUGAAGACACAAUUUAUGUAUGAACGUGAUCUUAAGUUUGUCAAUGACUAACAGGUGACUGCAGGUUAAUAUUUGCAGUUAGUGGUUUUUGCUGCUACUAACAUAAACAGCUCAAAACCUUGAUUUAUCCAAGUUCAGAGGUAUAUAAGACGUCAUAUUUAGUAAAAAACAGGUGAUCAUCCACAUUCAGAUUACUUGUUCUAAUAAUUAAACAUUCAAAAUUGGAUUUUGUGUCCUGCUGAUGAGAUUUUCUAAAAGAUUAGACACUAAAAAGCAUUUUAAAAACUGCAGGGAGGAGGCAGGUCUAAUAAAAGUGUGGGUGUCAGAGGUGGACUUAGGGUGUAGCUCAGGGGUGCCCCCGCCCCUUUAAAAUCUUGAUUAUACAUUCCAAAUCCUAAACUAUAAUUGGCUCAUUGCCCUAUUAUGGAAAUUAUGUUACAAUCAACUAGUUUUGCUUUUGGCUGUAAAUAACAUUUUUUGUGAGUAUUUGAAAUUGCGACAAUAUCCUUUUUUGAGCACUUAAAGAUUUAAGAUGAUGAAGAUUAUCUCAUAUAUUGCUGCUGUGUUGUGUUACUUUAAAACAAGCUGGUAUUUAUAUAUAUGAUAUAUUUUUAAGUUAUCCAAUAUCACUGGAUGGCAAUGUAAAAAUAAUUUAGGUGUUAAUUUAUUUAGUGGAGGCCUCUAUCUCAUUGUUGUUUGUUAUAAUUUAUCGACACUAUGAGGGACUUGAUUUCGACACUCCGAGAAUGGAGAGGUGACUUGAAGGUGCGAAAAGUGAUGUGUCCCCAUCUAUAAAGGUGUUCAACACAUAGCAAAUUGCUAGCAUGCUGGUUUUUCAGUACACAGAGGAAGGUCAUAUGCGCUCAAUGGGUGUUUUGAUGUAAGUGUUCAGUUCCAUGAAACCCAUUUUCCACUGUAUUGAUUCUGCCCCCUGCAUCACGCACAGCCGGUAAAGGAACUUUCAAUACAUCCUACCAGCACCAGCAGGGCUGAAAUAAGCCUCAACUGUGACUUAUAAAACAUGUAUUCACACACUUUUGACCACAAGGGGGCAGCAGGAACAAGGCAUCAACACAACAUGGCCUUACUUUCAAGGUACUGCCACCUUUUUAAACACAUUUGGAAAACUUGUGAACCAUCUGGAGAGUGUGGGUUCAAUAUUCACUCUGAUUCCUGAGGGAAAUAUCUGCCUCUUUGAAAGCUGAAUGCAACACCGUGUUCUCCAGCUGCUGUUAAACUGCCGUUUGAUGCUGAACAGGUAAUGAGCAAUACAGCCAGAGAUUUGUUUUUGUUAUUUUCCUUAAAACAGCCGCCUGCUGGGGCUGAAGCAACACCAAGAGAGCGGUUACAGAGGAACAAAUCGCUGAAAUUGGGCAAAUAAACGCUGGGAUCAUACUCACAAUAAAGCUCUGUAAAACAAAGAGGACGUACUUCUUAGUUUUUUUAACUGAAGCUGUAAGCAAGGGACAGAAAUUUAUGUAGGAUAUGAUAUGGAGUCUCUGAGUUGUCAAAGUAAUGUUUUAAUUGACAGUGUUGCAAUCAUCUGAAAGUGGGUGGGAGUACCUUCCUUGAUAGACAGACUACUGUAACCAAUCAAUGUAACCAAGCAUCUGACAUCAUCACAGAUGCUUGGUUACGGUGAUUGGUUACAGUAGUACAUGGACCAAUCAGGGGCUGCCUUCCCCUGUUGUCCGGGUAAAAGUGAAAACACGGUCUUUGAUUCGCCCGGUUAUUUUCUGAUCGGGCAUACACGCUCUCUAUGGGCCGAAGUCCAGACUGUUGUGGGAAGGAACGUCAAGUGAUUCACACAACAGGAUGGCACAGCCAAGCUAGGGAGCACUUAGUAUUGCCACCCCAGCCUGGCACCUCUCACCAGUGGCAACUCCAGAGUAGAAGAGAGUCCAGCCCCUCUCAAGAGAACUGGUUCCAGGGCCCACGCUAUGUGUUGAGGUGAAUCCAACUAUAUCUAGACUGAACUUCUCCACUUCGCACACCAGCUCAGGCUCCUUCCCUGCCAUGGAGAUGACAUUCCACAUCCAUAGAACUAGCCUCUACAGCCAAGGAUCAGACCGCCAAGGCCUCCGCCUUUGGCCGCUGCCCAUCUCACAAUGCCCAUCCCAUGGGUGGUGCCCAUGGGAAGGGUCACCCCACCCCCAGGCCUGGCUCCGGGGGGGGGGGUAACCCACGUCAGGGUUAGGGGAAACUUGGUGCCAAAUAGUUUGUCCACCAUAAGGGGUCAGUUUGAGCUACUCUUAGUCUGGUCCCUCCCCCAGAGCCUGUUUGCCAGAGGCAUUAAGCCCGAAACAACAUAGCUCCUGGGAUCAUUGGGACACACAAACCCCUCCACCACGGUAAGGUGGUAUCUUGAGGAGGGGAAUAAAAACCCUCCAUGGGAGGGAAAAACCACAAGGUUUUUUUUUUUUUUUUUUUGCAAAAAGCCUUUUUUGGGGUGUUCAAAGAUUUUGAACAUGUGAUCAAGGGAACCUGUGUUUUCACUAGUGUUUAUGUGAAAAGUGAUAAAAUCGGAGAGUGUAUGUGCCCAGAUACUAAAUAUAGUAUGUUAACAGAAAUGGCUGUAUUUAAAAAAACUACAAGGACUUAUAUCAAAUACUUUGUACCGUUGGAUUCAGAACAAGUUAAAUUUUAAUAAUAUGUGCUUUCAUCCAGAGUAACACCAUCAUGUAAUAUGAUAACUUAAUGGUAAAAAGUUAGUCAACUUCGUGUACUAAGUAAAGCAUAAUGCAUUUGUCAAAUAGAUUUUUUUUUGUACGUGUGUGUAGCCACAUGUCUUGACAGUAUCCAUAGCAAAUUUUGUGUUGCUAUUUCUAGCAGAAAAAAAUCAGUGGGGUUUUUCCUUAACAUACUAUAUUCAGUAUCUGGGCAUGUAUGGGUUAAGAUCGGGCCAUUUAAAGCAAAUUAUCAAGCCAAUGCAUUGUUGUGAGAGUUCACUGCGGAGAAAAUUCCCAGCGCAUAACCCUGCGGGUGGAUGAACAAGUAUAUGUUAUGAACAGGACUCAGUGCCAAACAUGGUGUAGAAUAGUAGCCGCCCUUGUCAGGUGCCUUCGGGUUGACCUUCCAGUAUAUUAAAUGUGGAACAAGUUCCCCCUAGAUACCCUCCAAAUGGAUUAUGUGAAAAGUAGUGCCCUCUGAAUGCCUAUCCACAAAAAAAAAAAAAAAAAGAAAAAAAAAAAUGGAAAAAGUGCCGCUUAGAUGCCUUUAAGAGAAAAACAUGAAAAACUGCCCUCAGGAUGUCCUUCCACUAAAAGAGACAUACAAAAAAAUUCCCACUGGAUGCCCUACAAUGAAAAAAAAUGGAAAUGCACCAUCUGGAUCCUCUUCCACUGACAAAAAAAAAACAUGACCAAAAUGCUCUUUGGAUGUCCCAACAGUGAAAUAUCAUGUAAAAAUACCAUUGGGUUGCCCUUUCAGUGUAAAAGAUAGGGUUUAAACCCUUUGGAUGCCCUUUCAGUUAAAUUAAAAAUGUGAAAAAGAGCCUUCUGGAUGCUACCAAAGUUAGAAAAAGCUAGAAAAAAUACCCUAGAUGUCCCUCCAGUGGAAUAAAACAACUGAAAUACUCUCAGGGAAAAGGACACAUGGUCAGCAAGCUAUUAAAUAGUAGUUUUGGCACUGUGGGCAGGUACCAAGUCCUGCUGGAAAGGGAUUCAGUAUCCUGUCAGACACAGUGAGCCAACACCAAAAGAUCACGGGUCACUUCAAACCAUCACGAACUGCAGAGACUUCACAAUGCGCUUACAGCAUCUCAGAUUAUGUACCUUUCUACUUUCUACAUCAAGACUCAUAGACCUUCAUUUCCAACUAAAGAGCAAAAUUAAAGCUUAAAAAAUGACUCAGAACCACUGUGCAUGAUUGAAGCCUCUUGAACAUGAACAGCAGGUUUGUACUGCAAAAGAGAACUUAAAGUAGCUGCAGAAAAGAGGCUAAUGGUACGAGGGGGGCUUUUUUACCUUACAUCCUACUGCAGGAACCAUAGAAAUGCAGGAAAUUAUACUUUUAUGCUAUCGUACUUUUCUUUUAAAACACAUGGGCGUUUCCUGGACUCUAAAUGAGUUUUGGGAAUAAAAAACAUCCUGACAUAGAACCAGAAAAAGUCUGUAGUGCUCUGUUUCUUUAAUCAGGAUAAUGCCUUUAAUUUCAUAGCUUGGUCAUGGUCAGGGUCAGACCUUGACGAAUUUUCCUUGUUUGAGGGGGGAAAAAAAUCUGCCUCAGGGUUUCUUUGUGAUUCAAUGGCUGCACAUGUUUGUUAAUUCGUGUCACUAGCCUUUUUUUAUUUGUUUUUUAUUACCAAUCAAGACAGCGCGACUCAUGUCAGGUCGUUCUAUUGGCCGAACAACGCACGGCUGCUAUUGACUCGUCAUAUUAAGCAAGCAUGCUGUCUUUAAAAUGCUGCAGUAAUGGAUCAGGCUGUGACCCCUCUCAUGAGUAUUCGCUGCUUUGCAUUUCUACAUGUUGCUGUUAAGCAUAGCAAGCAUGUGUAAUAGGCUGUAUGAAACAUAAUUAAUUACCUCCCAUAUGAGUGCUACAUAUUAAACAUGCACUAUACGGCUGCAGCAUAUGCCUGUGUGUGUGUGACUGUUUUCUGAUCACAGUUCGCUCUGCAUAAGAAUGCAUUGCAAAUAGUUGUCUGCAUGUUACAUGAGUAGUGUGCAGCCUUGGGGAAAAUAACGGGAAUUAGAUGGUCUUUUGCUUUUCUACAUAUAGUAAAAUGCUCCUGGCAAACGCGGUUAUAGAUGGAAAUUGAUUCAACAUCAACACAAACGCUGAGAUUCUUCGCGUCAUUGCAUAAACGUCUUUGUCGCAUUCUUUUUUCGCUCCUGUAGGUGAAAUUAAUUAUGUCUGACAAGCAGGAAUGAUGCUAAAGGAAAUGUGUGAAUGCGGUUUUCUUAAUUCUACAUGCAACAGUUACAGAGAUGAUUAUUGUUGGUUUAUUUUGAGGUUUAUUAUGAAAAGACAGGAGAGGUGGAGGAAGUGUUAAUCACAAACAGCAGGAAGCAGCUCUGAGUGAAACACACAUAUAAUAUAUAUACUGUAUAUUUAUAAUCUUCCUCCACAGAGAGCACACACUGCACAGCACUAUAGAGGCUUUAUUAGCCCAUGCUUUAAGCUCUCAGAGACAUUACUGUACUAUAUAUGCAUGGAUCAGAUCUGAACAUAUGUGCUCUUGCAUACUGAAUAAGCUGGAAGAGAUUCAACUUUUAUUUUUACCGCUCUUACUCACACUUUUCAUCUUCAGCUUAUAAUAUAUGACAGAGUCUUCUCAUUCAGUCAAGCUAUUUAUUUUUUCACAUCAUCUAAAUAAUCCAAAAUAUCCAAACAGACCCACUCGGCUCUCUCACAGCGACUGGAUCAAGGAUUACUACACAAUUUCAUCCUCACUUUUGUGUCUUAUAGUCUCUGUAAAUUAAAUCUUAACAUUUACUUCUCUAUUUUAAACAAAUGGAGAGGAUCCUUAGAUCAUUUAAGGGCUGCUUUUAUAAAAUAUCUGACUGUAGAUUCAAUCAAUCACAUUUAAUUUAUAAUGUUUCUGUCUGCGUUGCGAGCCCUAAUUGCCUCAAACUGUCAGAUUAGGCAAAACGAAAAUUUAAAUUGAAGAGUAAGUGAUGUUGUUCAGAUAAAAUAGAGAAUUUGUGGUUGAAAAUGUAGCAGCAAGACGUUCAUUUUGAUAAUAAGUAAAGUGAUUGUUUUAUAUAAACAAUGCUGUUGCUCAGAAAGUCAAUCAAGUCAAUAGACAUUACAGUUUGUACACUAUUCAAUUAGAACACGCUAUAGGAAACAGAAAGUUUAAAUAGGAUAUAGUACCAUAUUGUACAGGAUGUAAUACAACGUCAUAUCAUAUUAGAUAUCAAACCAAUGAAAAGGACAGAAUGGGAGGGAAACAGUAUAUCAGGAUAAAGAAUAAUGUGGGCGCCCCAUGUAUGGAGGAUUUUGUCCUUGUUGCAGCAGAAACUGGUUUAAGCCUCCACCCCACAUUUCCUGUCUCUCUUCACCUGCCGUAUCCAAUAAAGGCGAAAAAGCAUCAAAAAAUAUUAAAAUAUAAGUAUAGUAUACUAUAUCUUUAAAUAUAUAAAUAUAACCCUCCUACAUUACCAUCCCAGUCGGUUACCCUGCUCAAUCUGGCAGAGUCAACAUGCUAGCUACUCUGGCUCUCACAGGGGAGGGAGACAAGGGCAGACUUCCUAUCAAAUGAGUAUUGUUAGUGAUAAGCCUACAAUCUUAUGAAAAAAAAUCCUGAUUUGUAGCCUAGUCUUUUCAGCAGUUAACAAGUCACACAACAGUGAGGGCAAAUCAGCAAACAGCUUUCAACCUCUGAAUACAAAAGAAGUCAUUAGACUUAUGACUAAGCUUGAAUCAUCAGGUGUUUCUAUCCAGCUCUCCCUUACCUGCACACACAGCUAGCAGCCUUACCAGGAAUCAGACAAAGAGGGCAUAAUUGCCAACACCUGGCCUUAUAAAGGUAGGAAGCAUUACCUGGCCCUACCCACAGAGGGCAGUGUUUUUCACUUUUGUUUCAGCCCUCACAAAAGUAUAAUAUAUAAUUCAAAUAUGAUGCAGAAUAUUAGGGUUGGAUAUGAUUUGAUCCAUACACUGUAUAUACUAUGGAAAACUUGGUUUCGCCUUCUGCCAGUGAUAGAUUUGAAGCCAAAAACCUCUUGGUAUUUCCAGGUUUUUUCUCCACUUCCCGAAACCAACAUUGAGCAGUAGUGUUGUACACAUUCGGCAGGAGAGUCGCUGUGAUGACGCUCGGCUCAAACAGUGUACCCCCCGGGAGAGCUAUGCAAUCUUUGUACAACGAUAGGCUGUAUGAAGUGUCAAUCAUAGAAAACAUGAACCCCCUAAUAACUUUUAAAAAUGGAGCUGCACAGAAAAUAGAGGACUUGAGCACAAACCAGUCUUACAGUGACAACACGUCAACAUCGCAACCAGGAGGGAGAAAAAUAUAUAUUAUGUGUAAUCAAUUUCUCAUUUCUAAACCCAGCCUUAUAAAGAUUGCUGAGGGAGGCGGGAUUUAUGACCUAUACUGCAGCCCGUCACCACAGGGUGCUGUUUUCGCGGAGGCUUCAUCCAGCAAGGAGACAGACAGCGUCCAUUUUAUAUACAGUCUAUAAUUUGAUCCUAUAGGAUGGACACUGUGUGAUAAAAUGAUACAAUCAGAUGAAAUACAGUAUGUUACAGUAUGUCUUCAUAUUAUACAAUAAUUCAACAUCAUACAUGAAACAGUAGUUGUGUUUACAUGGGCACAAAUUGGAAUAGAUGCCAGAUCGGAAUAAAAAUGCGUCAUGUAAACAUGUUGAUCGGAAGAUUCUGAUCCAAUUUGGCUCAGCCAGAAAGAAACACUUAUUCACUGAUAGUAACUCUCUAACUUGACUCACUCUUGACUCUUUAGCCUUUAAGACCAGUACAGGAGGUUUCAUUAUGAACACUGCGGCAUAAAACACAACCGCAGGUACCAUGUCUGCUCCUCCGAUAAAUUUGGGGGACAUAAAGUGUAAUGAUGUCACAUCUCCACGCACAGUGCAACCUUUGACAGAACAGUAAAAUAAGUACGAAAGGGCGCCAUCUAGUGAAAACUAUUGACAGGGGAAAACUCCUGAAUUGGAUGGAGAGAGCCAUGACUGUGUUUGUUGGUUUGUUGACAGCACAGUCAGAAAUACAACUCUUCUUCUGCGGUUGUUUUAGCGAAAUUAGACAACUCUGCGCAUGUCCAAAUGCUUCUAGCUUGAUGCAUGUAUACGCACAUCAUGAUCAGAUUAUUUGAUUUUGUGCCCGUAGAAUGAGUGGAUUCAGAUUUUCCGAUCCCUAAAAUUUUUAAUCAAUCCAGAAAUUUCGCACAUGUAAACAUGGAUAGUGUUUUAGUCCCUGAGGAAAUUUGUCUUAAACUGCUUCUCAGCCUGUGGUGAGCUAUCUACACUGACAGAACAGCAAGUGCCCAUGACAUCCACAAAUGCUGCAUCCAUGUUACCCAUGAUGCACUGCGCAACCCUAACAGCCUUGAGAAACUUCAUCCAAACAUCUGGUUGAAGUCCGCACCAAUGAGUUAUUUAUAGAGGCUGUAUUUGCGUCAGCAUACUUCGUGCGGUUUGUCAGAUGUUAAAACUGAGGGUGGUCAGGUGGCGCCUGGCUGUAAAAUAUAACUAUUCAAAGAGUGGUACAACAUUAGAGAAGUUUGACAACCCCCCGCUGGAGGAGAAACAUAACCAUUGUACUACUCACUAAAAUAAGAGAUAAUGUGCUCUCUCAUUAUCGUACAUUUCCUUCCCCAGCCUCUGCUCGUCUAUAAUUUACACCUAUGGGCAGCGCAGUUACAUUUUCACUUUUUUUAAUCAUAUUCCACAGGAGUGUAACUGCAGCAUAUAUAGACACGGCUGAUUGGUGAUAUUACCAGAUACCUGUAUGUUUUAGAUUCUGAGUGCCACACUAAUAUGACAGCAGGAAUACUGAUUAGCUAGAUCCAGGGAUGUAAGCUUGACAUUGAUGUUAUGCUAAUGCAGUGCCACUCUCCCCACUGUGUCCACACACACUGAGCACCUUCCAGUGUGAGCCGUGAAUUUUCAUACAAUCCUCAGAUAAUAGAAGCUCAUUUCAUUCAGAGAAGGCGCUGAAGAACACCAGGCGUAAUUACAUCAAUGUAAAUAAUAAGCUUACACCUAUUCGUCUUUGUCUCUUACCUUUUGUCUCGCACGCCGCAGCCCCACACCGCCCCUAACCAGAAACCCCAUUACACGUUGUUUUACACAGAACAAUAUAUGACCUUUGAUUUUGUACACAGAGCAAAGCAUAAUGUAUUAUGAAGCCAGCUCAGGAAUAUAAAAUAUGAAUCAUCUGCGUGUGUGUUUAAUUUUUAAAGUGCAAAGAGGAGAUUAAAGCUGCCCCGGCUGUUGUUGGUGUCUGCGGGUCAAUAUUGAAGACACAAACAACUGUAAUCACUGUGACAGAAGCCUCAACGGGGGUAACCAGAGCGAGCAUCACUGUGAUUUUAUUUUAGAAAUCAAUUUAUUUUGCAAGCAUGAGGCAUCAGUGAAACAAACCAAGUGCUUUAGUGGAAGUGACAGCCUGCUGGUUUGGACUCGUGGUGUGUUAUGUCCUGAUGGAAAAAGGUGAGCAAGUGUGUGCAGACUUUUCUGGGUAAGCUAACGUGUCUUUAAAGGGAUCUUUUUCUCUGGGUGAACACUUUGAAUGCUAUUUAUCAAGGCACUCUUGGAUUUUGAAAUGUCAGCUUUUAUAAAUGAUAAACUUGAACAUACUUGGAUUUUCUGAAGCAACUCGUUUUUUUAGAGUUGUUUAAACUGAAACUUCAAGUCCAACUGGUCUGAAACAGUCAGAACCGAGCUUCCUCUUCUUGGCCCUUUGGCCCCUUCUGUCAAAUCACAUGUUAAAAAUCUUGGUGUCAUCUUAGACUCAGGAUUAAAGUUUGACAAACAAAUAAAUCAGGUCGUAAAAUCAAGUUUCAUCCAGCUCCGCAUCGUCUCAAAAAUCAGAUAAUAUCUUACCACUUCUGACCUGGAGAAAGUCAUUCAUGCCUUCGUAUCCUCCCGCCUCAACUAUUGUAAUGCAUUAUAUUUUGGUAUCACUCAGUCUCGUUUAUCUCGUCUCCAACUAAUUCAAAAUGCAGCAGCCAGAGUUUUAACCAGAACUAAGAAGAGGGAACACAUUACUCCCAUUCUUGCCUCCCUUCACUGGCUGCCUGUUAGCUACAGGAUUGAGUUUAAAACCCUGUUGUUUGUCUACAAAAUGUUGAAUGGUCUUGCCCCCUCUUACGUCACAGAACUCUUGUCCCCAUAUCACAUAAUGAGAGAACUACGAUCAUCUGACCAAAGACUACUGUCAGUCCCAUGAUCCAGGACUAAGUGUUACGGGGACAGGACUUUCUCUAUCGCGGCCUCAAAACUGUGGAAUUCUCUCCCACCCACCAUCAGAUUCUCCCCCAACACUGAGAUUUUUAAGACUCAACUUACAACCCACUUACUCCCUAGCUUUUAACCGUCCCUAAUUUUUAUAGCUCAGCCAUUUCCCAUGUAGGCUCUGUGAGCUCUGGAGGUCGGUAGAUCUGUGUUGUCUUUAUCAUUGUUAUUAUUAUUACUGCUGCUAUUGUUAUUAUUAUUAUUACUGUUAUUUAUUAUAACUAUUAUGAAUGAUGAUGAUAGUGAUGGAAUUUAAAAUAUAUUUUCAUUGCUAUCGUUAUUAUAAAUGUCACUCAGUCUGCUCUUCUUCAUCGUCUGUUUGUUCUCUUCCUUUGUUUUGUUUUUUUCCUCUGUGUUGUUGUAAAGCACUUUGGAUCAACUCUGUUGUGUGUAAAGUGCUAUAUAAAUAAAGUUGAGUUGAGUUCAUUUAUACACACGGCUCAACACAGGAUCAAAAAGUUUUACUCUGACUUACUCUUGCAGAGCUAGCUCCACCAGCCUAAGGUUCUCCUUUAAGAAGGGUGACCAUAUUCUGAAUCCCCCAAAAGAGGACACUACUACGCGGGGCAGAGUUGCACGCAACAUUUAAGUUUUUGGGGGUCUGGUCAAGUAUUUUUUACGUGCAUUUUACGACAUGUCUGGGUUAAAGAAGACGUAUGGUCACCCUACCUUUAAGGCUAACAAUACUUACCACACUACGAGAAACUUCCUGUUACCUGUGCUAGUUUCAGCAGCAGCUAUAGCUACAGCUAGUGGCAGGAGGCUACACUUGAUGAUUGGCAUUAUGGGCCCACAAUAAUCAAUAACAAAAAUAGUUAAUAGGUUAAUUAGGCUAUUUAAUAUCGUGCCAACUUCUGAGAGUGACAGCUCUGGUUAUUUAUUUCUCUAUAUAUUCACAUUUAUGACACAUUGGUACCAUUAAAAAGUUCACUUAAAGCUCCUGUGAGGAACUUUCUGUUUGUGUGAAUUUUGGCGCCCCCUGUGGACAAAGCAUCACAUGCUAAUUUUCACAGCUUCAAGUUUGAAUCGAACAUCAUCCUGCUGACUUUUAAAACACAAAAACACAUCCUGGAGCAGCACCGGGAGUUAAUUUUCAUCAGACCUCUUCACAGAAGAAGUUAAAACUAUUUUUAUGAAAUAAUCUUUUGGGUAAUUUCAAAAACUUUACUCUGGUUCUGUUAAGGACAAUCCCUUCUUCAGUUCAUUUUAACACAAGGCUGAGCUCUGACAAGAAGCAACCAAAAGUUUUUCAGGGGGGUCAUGUUCCUGACAAGUAUCACAUGUUACAAAAACAUAAAACUUACACUAAAUACAAGUAUUUUUGAAAAGUAAAAAGUAAACUGAACUAAAAAUCCAGCAUCAAAAAUUAAUCUAAUGUAAAUCAAAACAAAAAAAACCCCAAAAGAAAUACAUAUAACUUUCAUUAAAAAUUUAAAAACUUUAUUAGAGAGGGCUUAAAACCUAAAAAGUGUAGUAAGUUAGAGAGAAAGUCAGCUUAGAAAUUUAAAAUUUUGAGAAGAAUUCAAAAGUCCGCUUUCCCCCGAGAAAAAGUCGGAAAUCUAAAAAUAAAGAACCUGAUUUAAAGCUCCUGUCAUGAAUUUUUAGAUGGUUUUGCAACUAAUUUAACAACAAUUCACGCCCCUUUCUGGACUGGCUCUGAAAAUAGACUUUAAAAGGACGUGAUCAGCGAAGGUUAAGGGAAGUGUCACUUUAACAAAAAAUUGAAAGUUCCCCACUGGAGCUUUAAAUCAGCCUUGAACACAUUUUCCACAUUUCCUGCAUAUUUUCUAAAAAAUAGAAGAAAGAACAAACAUGACCUUCUCUUUGUCAUCAAGACGAGCCUGCAAUUCAAAAUACACAAAAUCAAAAACAAAAAUAGACACUCUACGAGGGCACAUUUUGCAGGAAUUGUAGGUAUUAUCUGGGAAACGCAAUGGAUCUGCAAACAAUCAGAGGAUGAAUAUGUUAAUUUCGGGGGUUAUCUCUGGGUGCACUUCUUCGUUCUUCUGAAACAGCAAGUCAGUGUGAUUUUAACUGACCUCAAAGAUAAACCAUCAAAGUCUCCUCCGGCCAAAGCUAUCGCACUAAUAUGCUGAGCAAAGCAGGAGAAAAUGUGAGCGUCUUAAUUACGCUGCAAUCUGAGAUGAUGAUAAGACUCGCAUUAGCCCGCUUGAAUAGGAAUACACACAGACUCAGACGCACACACCGAUACCCUGGUGAAUGGUUGAAUGUUACAGCAAGGUGAAAACAUCUCAGAGUAAACACCUCUUAGUGCUUUAUUUGUGCUUCAUUCACACAUUAACACUGACAAGGCACUUUGACAACUCAAGGUUCAACACUUUAAUUGUGGGUAAUAAAACGUAACAAAGUAGAACCAAGGUCAACGUUAACUUUAAUUACCACAGGGCGUGCUUCUCUGCACAAAUAUCCGCCAUGUGCAAAGUGUGUUGUAUGCAGAAGAAUGUGGCGCCUGGUCGUGUGCUGGUUAGCCGUGUUAGUCAGGGUUUGUGAUCAUCCAAACAUAGCUUUAUUUAUCAGAGGAGAUCAUUCUCAUCUCUUAAAUCCCUUCUACAGUGGCGUCAGUACAAUCUGUCUGCAUGAACACUGUUUGUGUAAUUUAUACAGUUAAAUAUUUGCACUCGACAAACACCUUGCACAUCCCUGCACAACUGCACAGCUAUUAUACAACAACUUUGUACAUAUUUGGUCUGUAUUAUAUUUAUAUCUUAUCAGGGACAAGUACACAUCACAGUGCGAACAACCCAAGGCAUUUAUCUUUCUUUCCUUCCUCACUUUCUUUCUUUCUUUCUUCUUUGGCAGCCUUAACAUGCACGAAAAGCGCAUACAUCAGGCCUGGUGAAAAUAGUUGGUAUUUUAUGGGUUGCACACGCAACUUUGCAGAAAUGGUGCCAUCGUGACUUCAGAAAUGCAAAAUUUCAGGCCCCAGUUUUGGUUUUUGGAUGUUUAAGGGCGUGGCCACAGUUUUACAGUAAAAAUCAGACACUUCUUGCCAAUUUGGAAAACAUAAAUCCUGUAAGUCUCAUACUGAAUAACCGAUCUUGUCCAAAAUUGUCACAUAUGAAAUGCAUCACGGGCUUCAUAUUUAAAAUCAUGCCACAAGACAGAAGGUCAUUGAAAAUCCUUCAUACAGCCUUGGAUUUCUUGGUUUUCUUCUGAACAAGUCUGUGUGCUUAUAUUUAACGCAGCCACAGUACCACCAAGUGGAGAUACAUGGUACUAACUUUUACCGACUAUCUCUGAUCUGCUCCAAAAUUCACAGGUUUGGUGACAGUCCCAGUCUGAUUUCAUCUUUUAUACAAUUCUGUUACAGUUAUAGUGCCACCUAUAGGAAACAAGUGGUACUACCUACCAAACACAGAUGUAAAUGUGCCUUUAAUCUUUACUGUUUAAUAAUCAACUGUUAUUGAUAACAUGGUUAUAAUCAUAGCCCCACUUACAGGUAAAUGCAAGUGCUGCAUUAUUUUUUUGAAACUGACAGUAUCAGUCUAAAGUCAUUUAUGUAACAGUUGAACUCAUGUUAUUAUUCUAGUUACUUGUGCACAGUUGUGGGUGCAGCACAGGCUCAUUCUGCAACACACCCUAAACCUGCAAGACCCCAAUGUGCAUAAAAGUGCAAUGGCCCAUACUUCACAUUUUGUGGUUUUAAUAGCGCAUUGUUAUUUUAAUGUUCUUUUUUUUAAAAUAGGAUUUCCAUGAUCAUUGUAUUUAAAAACAAUGACUCCUGUUUUGCUCUUUAACUGCUUUAUAUCUCUUACAUUUACUUUUACCUUUUCAUAUAGUUAAAAUUUUGUAUUUUCAUUUUUUAUUUUUUUGCCUUAUCUCUGACCAUCCUUUUUUCUGUUAUCAUCCUAUCUUCUAUUUUCUUUUUUCGCCACAUUUAUCCACUGGCACUUUGAGUAAUAAAGGACCAGAAAAGGACAGCAAAGAUUUCUUAAGUACGUUUUCUUGAACACAAUAAAUACAAACCCAGUUAAGGCAUUAAUCAUACAUGGGAGUGAUUGACAUUGUUCAGAAAUAUAUUCAAAGAAAGUGUUACAUGCUAUUGAGUGAUCCUGUUCGGUGCAGUACCCACGCCUGGACUCUGCAGGUGUCCAGCUGCCGUGUACUGAACCAGACUGUCAUUUCUUGCACUCCCACAUGAAUACUUGUAUUUAUUAUUUCAUGAAUUAUGAAUGUGACUGACAUCUUUUACUUGAAUCCGACUGUAUUUGCCAUGUUAGGGUAUUCAUUUGUCUCACAGCACAUAAACGUUUGAACUUUUUCUACAAAGCUUCACUUACCCGAAAUGAUUUCUUUGCUAGAUUUUCUUUAGUUCAACUUCUUUGAGGGUGAAAUUAAUCAUGACAGGACAUACUGUUUUCAAAAUGGCUCCCCGACCACUAGAAGUAAUUUUCCGUACAUUUUUCUCUCGCUUGAAAACCUAAUGACUGUGCCACUUAACAACACACAUUUUUGUUAAAAUCCCCUGAUAUUUAGGGCUUGCAAUGAGCCUUAAGGAUUUUUUCUGCCUUUUUCUGUUUUUCUUGUCAAAGUCAGAGGUUUUGACGUGUCCCAAACUUGCCUUUGGAACCAGGCUUGCAGAAAAGAUUUUAAUGGUUUUAAUGGUUUGGUGAACUGGCUAGCAUUUCGGAAUUUCAAAAGUUUAGUUCUGCCCCACAGUUCAACUCACUAGUGUUGAAAUUUGAAUCAGCCAAAUUGCAGGAUGCAUUUUCGAACAAACUUGCGCUGGGUUUUGAUCCUGUUCACUCUUACAUUGGUCAGUGUUUUGUUGACAAAUUAAAGAUCAAAAAUUAUUUAAGGAUCUUCUUGACGCGAAAGGAUUUGGUCAUGCCAUCUUCUCAAACUUAAACAUGUCACAGUGAAACAGGAAGUUAGUGUAAUUCCCUCAAACAUUGUCUUAAUUAGUUAAAUUUUCAUGGACAUCAUCAAAGUCCUCCUCUAAAAACACUUAUGUUUAUUUCUUGGUUACUAUCAUAGCACUGCCAAGAGAAAGAAAUGCCUCCCUUUCUGCCCCCUGGCUGUGCAUGCAAACCUGCGAUGACGUUGCACAGAACCCGUCUAUUGCAUAUAAGUGGGAAUAAUACGUUUGUUAAACAAGUUUGCAAUCAUCAUGAUUUCUGAAAUUGUCAGAAAUAUUCCUGCAGAUGAUGAUUUUACAAUAUCCACCCUGUGCUCAAAAAUUACACCACAAUGCUCACAGUGUUUAGUUCAAGGGAAUAGCACCACUUAUGGUAAUAGCUGCAUCACAGCGACAGCCUGCUGCACAUCCUGCAACAUUAUGGUUAAAAAGUUGUUCAUCACCACUUGCGGCUUUAAUUUCAGUGCUCAGCGGAGUCAGGAAGCACGCCACAGAUGUCUGUUCAAUCUUUCUCUAAACUUGUGCUGAAAAUAGUCUCAAGUGAUAUCACUCAAAAGUUGUAAAUAUGCCAAAAAUACUUUUUACUGAGUUGUGUCACCACUGGCUGUUUCCUCAAAAAGGCAGAGAAAAUAAUAAAUAUAUGUAUAUAAGACAGAUUACUCUUGACUGUAAAGCUAAGCCAAAUAAUUUACUCAAAGGUUUUUGCAUUUUAUUUUUAAAAAUCCUGUUGUGUUUUUUUUUUCUUUACUGUCAAGAAAAGAGUUUGAGAAGAUGUAUUAGCGAUGGUGCCACAUCAUAAACAAUCAGCGGCUGUGAAUCAGCUCAGUUGGGAACAUUUACAGCUCUAAUUUGGCUUCUUGCCUCUGUGAGCGGGGUUAAUAUCAGUAACCAUGGAUAUAAAUGUUUUCUACUUAUGGUUGAGGGUGUUGUGUGCAGCCCACAGUUUAGCUGUUUAUUUAUACAUUCCUCGUUAACGUGAAGAGCCCUCCACAGCUGAGAGUGUUUAUUGUGAAGGGCUUGUCAAGAGGGUUCGGUUUAGAAAAGGACCUUUGUGAUUUUGUUUUGCUCUGUGUGAGUUUCCCCGCCUGAUAGAUUUACACUAUAAUGUGCUGAAAGGUUCUUAUUUGGAGUGGAUUUGGGUCAAAAUUUUAAGUAGGGCAAAAAUCCCUCGAAAAAAAAAAAAAAAACAGUGAAGAAGAGAUGGGUGUGAAUUUGUUAUUGCUGAGUAGCAGCCCCCCCCUUUAUUUAGGUAAGGGUGGGAGUGCUCAGAGACCCUAAAAGAUGAUUCACGUUGGCCAAAGACUCAUUCAUUUUCACCAGCAGAGUCCACUUUAAGAUAAGCUUCAUAACUACAUGAUGGGGAGACAAAAGGAAAUCUUGCAAAAACUGGCUGGUACCUUUCAGAUCCGACACGUGCUCCUCCGACAGGCUCUCGCAGAGUGUCUGGGAACUCUCAUCCUGGUGGUGAGUAAAGAUUUGCAAAAUUUUAAAACUUUUGUUUUAACAAAUGGCUUCACGAAGACGCAUUUUUCAUAUCAGGCAGGUAUGAUUAAGGGUUGUAAAUUUAACAAAGUCACCAUGCUUCAUAUUUUACUUCUGUUGCACCCUGAUCCAGCCAUUUCCCCUUUAACCAGCCCUUGAAUAUAACUCUUUCCUCACACUUAGUGCAAUAUUUGGGGGGUACAUUGGCUGGGCUUUUCAUCUAUUUUAAAUUUCCAGUGUCACAGGAUGAAGAAAAUCUUUAAUGAGUUCUCAAAAGUGCAGAUUACACCGCAAAGACUCCGAUCUUACUGAGUGUAUUUGUCUCAUUAGAAGUCAAAAUAUCUCAUUACACUUAACAUAAGCUGCAUUGACCUGACAAGUCCAGACAUAAAUCUUACUUCAAGAUAUUACAAGCCAAAAUUAAGGACUUUAGGAAAGAAGUAGAGAGAGAAAGUGAAAGAGAGCGAGAGAGAGACAUACUUUAUUAAUCCCCAAGGGGAAAUUCAAUUUUUACACUCUGUUAUCGAACUUGCAACACACACACACAUUGGCUGGAAGUACACACACGUGCACAGACAGGAUCCUAUGGACAUGCACUGAUGGAGAGAUGUCACAGUUAGGGGGGCUGCACAUGAAAGGGCACCCCAGAAAGUUGGAGCUUGGUGUCUUAAUCCAAGACACCAGUUUCUGUGCUUCAGAUACCACUGUGUCCCUACUGGGUCAGACAAAACCACAAAGAUGAGACACGACAGCUUCAAGUUGACUGAUUGGUUGAUUGUUAUGAGAAUAAAUUGAAUACGAGUGCAAGAAAUCCUUGUAAAGUCUGUUGAAACAUGAUGUUAUCCUUUUUUUUCAUAAUGUCUUGAAAAAAGAUAAAUUUCUGGACUUAUCAGGUAAGUGUGGCUUCAUUUGAGUGCACUAGGAUAUAUUGACUGAAGAGUAAAAUCUAAUAAAUGCUUGUGGAAACGUCUGAAAAAAUAAGUAAAAGAAACUUGAUAUUUUAAUUUGAAACACUUUAUAAGCAAAAAAUGCUUGUUUUAGGAGUGUUUGAUAGUUAUAGAGUAGAGUAGUAAAAAGACUUGUUAAGGGAUGUGACAUCUAUGGUUUCCAAAAAUAAUGUCAAAUUUAGAUUCAGCACACCACAGGAAGGGAGGAACUGUUCUUUCUGGAGCACUUUUUAAUCUGCAUUUGUGGAUGAAGUGACAACAGGUGUUACGACCCAGCCUAGGGCUACGCUGGAUGUAACAUAAAGUGCUCUUUCCCUUGUCCCAACUCCCCAAGAAAACCAACAGCCACCAGAAAAUGCAGUCUUACAUGGGUUUAUUUUUCAAUAUAAAUGGUAUUUGGCUUUAAGGUGGACACAGGCCAAACUAACGAACAAAACCUCUUUUUAUUAAAGCUAACUUUCCUAACCAACAAAAUAGUAUGAAAUAAAAUACAGGGGGUCUUACCUGCCUCCCUAACCCAAAACAAGAGAAAAGUUUUGAAAAAAUAAAAUAGCUGCCCACCCCUACCUACCAGACUGCUCUUAAUGAAACUAAAGGUAUUCGUCUUAAAAGACAAAUCAAAAUUCACAAAGUUUUCAAUCUGUAACAAUAUUUAGACCUGGUUGACAACAAUCUCACUAACUAUUUCCUAAUCAAGGAGGCAUACACAAAAACACAGGUCUGGCUGGGAGUCAAGACAAAGGAAUAAGAUAGAGAGCUCCUCCAGCAGCCACCCUUUUCAAAGCUCCCCUCUUCAGCUGCUGUCCAAUCAGGUCACAGUCCUCUUCUGGAAAACAAAAGAGACACAAAGGAACAGCACCUACCAGAGGUAGGGAGGGUUAACCAAAAAAAAAAAGUGCAGAUGAAAAAACAACAGAAUGUGUGGUGCAAUGGGACUGUCUCAGUUUUUUUGUGAACCCUAAAGGCGUCUUCUACCACGUGUUGUUUCCAUUCAAUCGUAGUUUGAGUGACGUUUGUCUCUGAAAAAACUUGCAUGAUUGGCUGUCAAUCAUGCUCAGGCAGGAAGUCUGAUCAUACACUGCUGAUGUGGGGCGGGGCUGUGAAUGACCACAAAACUGUAGCCACAAAAUCGUGAGUGCUUGUAGGAUGCUAAACAGAGUGACUAUAUGUGACUAUCAUGCAACAGUAAGAUUGUUAUAUUGAUUAUUACGGUUGUACAAUAAUUUUCCAAAAAUACGAUAAUUCUAUAUUUCCCGUCUGGUAACAUUGAGUGACAAACAGUCACUUUUCAAGGAGAUUUUGAGCCCAUGCAGUGGUUUCCACUACAGAGUCACAUCUGUUUUUAUUGCUGUGCUGCCUGGAUGCUCAGAGAUCUUGUCCACUAAGAGUUAGAAUUCUGUUUUUUUGUUGAGAUUUCUACAAAUUCUAAAUAUUUUACCCUCAAAUUCUUCAUAUUAUCAAGUCGGGGGAAAUUAUUCAGCAUCCAGGCAUGCAUUUUUCGUGUGUUAAACAACUUUUCCUGUGAUUUGUUGUCUGUGUUGCUGAAAUAAAAUUUUAAACAGGCAUAUACUGUAUAUAUUUUAUAAAACAGUAUAUAUAUUUUUUCAAAUAUAGCAUUUAAAUGACUUGUGAACCAUCAAAAUCUGUUUUUAUUUGACAUUUGGCUCCUUUUAGUAUGAAAUGAUCAUAACUUUUUAUUAACAAUACUACAAGCGAGUGCAUUAUGUGUUUCAUAAGUUGUGAGAUGUUCAUAUUAACAGCCUCACACCCACUACUUAAUCUGACACAUGGAGGAAUCACCUUUUAUCCUGCCUCUCCUACAUGUUUGUGUAGUGAAAAAAGGUGACGAUACCAUCAUAUCUGGUGUGGGAGCAAAAUAAUUGAAUUACACAAUAGUUAAAGGUUGUUUGGUCUGGAGGUGUUGAUGAAAUAUUGCUAUAGAGCGCUUUUUAUUUGCAGAAUUAAAUGCCAUUGAUGUAAAAAGGGGGAAAAAAGCAAAGAAAAUCUUGAGAGUUCAAGCAUCUUAAACACUUACAUCAAUUAUCUCCUGUAAUAUCUAUUUCAGUCUGUUUAAUUUACACUUACAGGGCCUUGUUAUUCUUUACACUGCACUUGAAGUCACUGUUGACACCGGGUUCAACACACAUGAGGCCAUGAGGUCCUUUUAAAUCCAAGCAGAAUGUUUUCCAGGCUGUGCAAAACAACCUGGAGUGGCUCUGUUUCUCAUGAUAACCCACAGACAACAAAAAUAUUAGGAGAGGGCGCCGACAGAGAAACGCCGGGCCAUUUGUUAUUCCGCUCUCAGGCUGCAACUGAUCCGUUAACUCCAGGAGACCUUUCACUCCACCGACAAUCUGUCCCCUCGAUGGUCAGAGCCGGACCUCCACGGAGGAGGACUCUACAGGGGAGUCAGACUGUUGUCAGCAUCAAUAGUCCCACACAAAGGCCAAACAUAGCAGGCUGAUGACCUCUGAGGUCAGAGAGACACACCCUGGAUACAAGCAAAAGCAAGACUCAGUGAGACACCUGACUUCAGGUCAAGCCAACGUGGGGCUCUGUUAUUCUCUUUCAACUUUUUCUACUACUGUCCGUCUACAACAAUAACCCCGGCUCCGGGUUCUGCUGGUUCGUGGUUGGUUUCUAAAUUUCUAUGUGUGUUUCCCUCUCCUCUGUCCAGAUGUUUGGUUGUGGUUCAGUAGCACAGCUGGUGUUAAGCCGAGGCUCCCAUGGCACGUUCCUCAGCGUCAACUUGGCUUUUGGAUUUGCUGUAACUUUGGGGAUCCUCGUGAGUGGACAGAUCUCAGGUGAGGGUUUUCAGUUUCACCAACACCUGUUCUGUUUGGGGUCAGAGUGUCCCGGAGCUCCCUGUUAGGAAAAAAACUGCAACAUUAUCAACAAUAGCUGGUCACACUGAUGCAUGAUACUUAAACAUGAUGAUGGUGCUUUUCUUCUCUUAGGACUAUCUAUCUAUCUAUGUAUGUAUGUAUGUAUGUAUGUAUGUAUCUAUCUAUCUAUCUAUCUAUCUAUCUAUCUAUCUAUCUAUCUAUCUAUCUAUCUAUCUAUCUAUCUAUCUAUCUAUCAUACUUUUAUUGUCUGUUUCAAGGUACCUUAAUAAGCUUCUGUCCCCCGUUUAGCUUUUUCUUUGAGGUACUUUAUUUCAAGUGUCUGAUUUUGGUUACCUACGGCGUUGUAUCUAAAGUCCUGUUGAGCCUAAGUUUCAAACAACCUUUCAAAGUUGAUUUUGAGUUACUCACAAGGUCUGUUUCAAGGUUCCCCUUAAGCAUCUUUACCUUUUAUAGUCUGUUUCCAGGUACACUAGAUGGUACAUUAUGGGAUGACAGUUCCCUUUAGUUUUUGGAUCAGUAUCAUUAAUGUUUUAAGAACUACAGGAGUCUGUUUCAAGGGCCCCCUUUUUCUGUCAUGUUAGGGUGUCCUUUGGUAGCUGUUUCAAGAAACCCAUAAGCAUCUUUUCUACGAUCUCUUUUUCUAUUUGUGCACAUGUAAACGUUUGUUGUAUUUCACUUCAGUUACUUUUGCGUCCAAGUAGUUGUCGUGUCUGUCUUUGGGUAUCCUUCGUAUUGUACCUAUUAGUGACUGUUUUAAGGUAUUCCUCUGAAUUUUUAUGGUAACGCCCGUUUCCUGUUUGUUUAGAGGUAAUCAUUCAACCUAUCAACAUGAUUCCAAGUUGCUUACUCAAUCUGCUUCAAGGUAUCCUUAAAGGGACAUUCUGGCAUAAAAUAAAGUUAGGGUCAAACACAAUGUAACACAGAGUUAGACGAGAGGGGUGUCUAACUCAGUGUUACGGUGUGUUUGACCCUAACUUAAUUUUAUGCUGGAAUAUCCCUUUAAACAACUUAAAACAGGAUAACCAUCAUUUUUUUAGAUAAGUUUGUCACCUUAUGAUAACAUGACACUACUUGAUGAAGUAAAAGUAGCCCCGAGACUGCAAAAACUUCCCAGUCCAAAUAAAAGUUAAAAGUUCACUUUUUAUUGUUGUCUCUCAGAGAAAGUAAAAGUAAAAAGGUGAAAGUUUUGUGUUGUCUGACCCAUCCACCACCUCAGCAGCCACCCCAGGCCAACCAUCUCUGUCUUUCUGAUAUGUAACCAGGCUUCUCACAUGCUGGAUGACUGGAACAGAGUUGCUAAGAGCAACCCAGAUGGGUCAAAAUUGGCUCAGGAUGGCGUGUGUUAUAUAUACAAAUUGUUGAGCAUUACUUUCUGUGGUGGAGGGAAAAAUUCCAGCAUGCAAAAGCACACACCCAUCGGCAUGGUUCCUGCAUCUGUUACCAGCUAGCUCACAGCUAACAUCUGUGAAUAAGGUGCCCGGGGUUUAUAAAAACAAACAGAGUGGUGGUCAAAGUUGCCAGAAUAACAGGAGGUAAGGGCUCACUUUCUCUCUGCCUUGGCAAAUACUUAAAAGGGAGGCACAACUCAGCAAUAUAUAUGUGCAUUACCUGCCAACUCUUGUAUUUUAUAUAAUAUCUGCAGCAAUUUCUCCUGUCUUGUAAUAAUAACAAUGUUUUACACUCAGUUAGGGUGUUAAUAAAGAAGAGAAAAUGAUGUUAAGUUUUCAAUUAUCAUUAUUAUAAUUACAUAUUUGCACAUUCAUCAGCAGCAUCAAUGAGGGUGUAAAGCAGCUGUCAGCCAUGUCAUCAAAACAGGGGCUUUAGUGAAAGGAGGAAAAACUUUAUCAUCAAGAAAAAUCACACUUGGUUGAGCUGCAGUCAUUUGCAUCAGCGCUGUGAAGUAGCUGUCACUCAAACAGUUCUUCUGGAGACUUUCUUUUUUAUUUUUUACUCCAGCAUCCAUCAGCAUAACAGGGAGUCAUUAUUAUUGAUGGCUUGACAGACACUAAAUAUCAGCAAAAGGUAAACUGGCAGUUAUCUGAAGAGCAGUAUUUACCACACAAAUGACAGCUGGAGGGAGACGAGGAGGAGGAGGAGGAUGAGGAGGAGGAGGAGGCCAUGGACAGAGGAAUGCAAAGUUGAAAGGAGACACACACAGAGGAGGAAGGAGAUGAAGAAGAAGAAAAGGAAGGGGGCAUUUACCUCUUAACUCGAAAACUAUGUGGUCUGUAAUUGAAACGGCAGUGAGCGAGUCAAUCCUGAAACCCACUAUCUUCUGUCGGAAACACAACAAAGCUUCUGCGGUUCACUCAUGCCGCUUCUUCAAUGCCUUUAUAAUGAGGCUGUCCCCCUCUAAUACACACUGCAGCUGAGAAAAUAAGCUGUUAUAAUUAGAUAGCGCCAACACUGGCACAAUUAAGGUGUGAAUAAGAGGCAGGCGCUCAUAUGAGUGCGCCAUCAGAGCAGAGAUUUCCCCCCUUCAAGGUUAGAAAAAAAAGGAGACUUUUCUGAAUCUUUUCAUCCUGCCAAUUUAAUUAGUGUCACAGAGACCUUCAGUCCGAACAGGACUUUACCCAGACCGCAAUUACUGAAUCUACAGCAGGGGUAGAACUGUCUUUUCAGUCUCAGGAAAGAAAGGAGGGGCUGUAAUGUAGAGAUGAAUCAUGAGUUUUUUUCCUGUAUGUGUAAAAAUACACCAAGGUGACUGUGUUUUUCUCCUCUCCAGGCGGUCAUCUGAACCCAGCCGUGACCUUCGCACUCUGUUUACUUGGUAGAGAGCCCUGGAGGAAGUUUGCAUUGUUCUUUUUCUUCCAGACUCUCGGAGCGUUUCUGGGCGCUGCAGUCGUAUUCGGCGUCUAUGUAGGUGAGUGAGGCUGAGACAGGGGCGAAGAAAUCGAUGAAGACGUUAUUGUUUCAAAAGGCGUAUAUGUCUAAAUCUGAUGUCAAACUCAGACUCUUGAGAAACUUUGUGCUGCACUGGUAAAAGUCUGCAGAAAAUCAAACCUUUGACAGAGUUUUAGUGGGAAAAAAAGUCUUUUAAGUCUUAAUCAAAGCCAUAUUCUCCCAAUAAAUCAAGGAAACGUUUUAUUUCAAGAUCUGACCGACCAAUAAUAAGACAUGGAUAAGCACAAACUGACAGAUCAAGGUCUCAAAAUUAGGUAUUUAUUAAUUCAAGGAACUUAAAGCUCCUGUGAAAAGAUUUUUAACAUUUAUUUAUGAAGUAGGCUGAAAUUUAUUUUGAUGCUUUUUAUGAUAAACAAAAGCAAUCAAGGAAACAAUAUCUUUAAUUUUUCCUUUUAUGUUUGUCAUUAAAUUAUCUACUUCAUCUGGUUUAGAUUCAGCUCAUUAAGACCACUUCUGACAAGAAAUUUGACAAAAACUCUGAAAUAUUUGAGUUUUUUUACGGAGCUACAUUUCUGGGGAAAAUAAAUCCAUUGACAAAUUUAUCUAACAAAAACUUCUUUCUGUUGCGAAAAACAUUCCAACAUUUUCACACUUUUAUCAAGUUGUAACUCUUACAGAAUGAACUUUGACACUGCAGUCUUUGAAUCUGUUUUUAAGUUGAUUUUGUUUAUUAUUUCAAUAUUUUAUUAUUUCUGCUGCAAAAAUAAAUUAUUUCUUAUAAUAGUCUCAUAAUAAUCCAAUCCACUAUUUAAAGGAAACGUGGAUUUACAAGGCCAAAAAUAAAACAACCUGAACACAAGACAGGAAAAAAAUAUUAACCCUUGAAUGCCUGUUGUAUCUUAUUUGAUACAUACUUUUAUGAUACUUUAUCUAAUCAAUAUGAUCAAACCUGAAUACAGUCCGAUAAAUGAUAAAAAUGUCUUCUUGUAGUUUAUCAGUUUCCAAAAACAUCUAAUGUAUCAAAUGAAAAAAAAAAAAAAAAAUUAUAUAUUUGUAAAAAUUUAAGGACAUUUGGAUUUUUUGGGAUUUCAAUAGUAAGUGAAAUAACCAUUUCAGCUUCAAAAACUUUGAAUUUUCUGGCCAUAAUUUGUGGUUUCAGGCAUUAAAGGGUUAAAAUAAAAGCAUAACAAAAAUGCAGGUUAAACAUAAAUUAAAAUAUUUUAAGAAAAGGAUGAUGAACCUACUCCCUUAUUGAUAAGAGUACUUAAAACUCAACAAAUACCCUAUUUUUGAUAGUUAAAAUUAUCGUAAAACUGUUUGAUCAUAAGGCUGGUGAUGUGGAUUACUCAUAAAUCGGAAUAUGAUUAUUAUGAUUAUGAUUAUUAUGAUUAUGAUCAAAACUAUUCCAAAAUCUAUCUGAUACUUUGAUCAAAUCUAGACUAAAAAUGUAGAUACUGAUGAUGACUCACCUGCAUCCUUACAGCCAAGUGUUCACCUGAUUAAAAAAACUAAAACAUCUAUUUCAUAAUGCACAGAUAAUCAGACUGUAAGACUCACUGGGGGACCCUGAGCCGAGUGGUCUGAGGUUGUGAGGUUGUCUGGAGGGUAUUUGCACUUCGAUCGUUUCAUGUGUCUGUUACGUCACGCUCUGCACAGCUAUAUGUUCAUGUGAAAGCCCCAUGUGCCACAGCUUGUCCAUGUUAUUGUACCCUCUCAGUAUGCUUGUGUCACCGCCGUUCAUGCGUGUCCCCACGGCCUCUCGCUUACACGUUUGUGCAUCUCCGGCUCCUGUUCUCUGCAGCCUGCAGCUAUGUAAUCAAGCAGAAAGUAAACAAGAGAUCCAAAUGUCAAGUGUAUUACUGUUUGCAGUAGCUGUCUGCGUUAUCUCUGGGACAUAAAUCAUCCCACCAAUUUAACCUUAAGUUUUCAGGUACCUUAAGUAUUAUUAUCUGAUUUGAAUGUUAGCUGUGAUUCAAUGCGACAUCGGUGUUUUACCUGCAAGUGAUUGAUGUGAGUAUCUGUUUUCCAGAAAGAACUGCUGGAUUAUGAAGACUCUGCAGUAUAUUUGGUUGUUUCUGCAUGGUCUCAUGAUUUUUAAGAUGCAUAAACACUCAGGGGAUGUAAAGAGAUUUUUUUUUUGUGUCGUCUCCCCAGAUGCAUUGUGGGACUUCAACCAGGGAGGUCUGAUUGUGAUGGGGGAGAAUUCCACCGCUGGGAUUUUUGCGACAUAUCCAGCGAAACAUCUCGGUCUGAUGAACGGAUUCUUUGAUCAGGUAACAGUAACUGUCAGUUUACACAUUAUUCAUCUCAAAACGACCUUAUUCUCCAUCCUUUUCGCAGCUUAUUGAGUUCAUACUAGUAGGAAUAUGGAGCAGACGGCAGGAGUUGUAUUGAAGAUGGGCCAAAGCAAAAGCAAAAAUGUAUCGGCCAUUAUUUAUAUGAAGAAAUGAUGUGUAGGCCUAUAAAAACAACAGAGUUUGGCGUUAAACACCCUCACAAAUGAAUUCCUCCAAAUAAAUAAAUAAUCCAUGGCAUUACGACUCAGUUGGUUCAACACAUUUCCCCAGCCUGCAGUUUGGUCUGGCUUGCAUACAUUAAACCUGUCCAAGAAACUUCGAUCCUCAAAUGCAUGGAAGGAAAACUACCCCAGGUCUAAACCAUCCUAAACCUGCGUUCUUUAAAAUGACCUGCAGGAGGCGACUAUGUAUGUCGUAAAUCUGUCUACGUCAGUUUCAACAUUAUUUUUUUAAUUGGAAAUUGAAUAUUUUUCUUAAAAGAGUUUUGGUGCCUCCCAUGGACAAAGCAGGACCGCUUUACCAUCUAACAUAGCGAUGUUACCCUGCUUUCGUUUUACUGUGAAAUAAAUACGUAAGUGGCGCAAUUGGAAAUGAAAACAAUAGGGUGACCAUAUUCUGAAUCCCCAAAAAGAGGACAUGACUACACGGGGUCGGAGUCACGGAGUUGCGCGUCAUAAAUUUUGAGAGGUUUUCAGGUCGGGUCAAGUGUUUUUAUACGUGCUGCAAACUCAGUAAGUCCACGCGACAAACUUAAAACUUCCAUACAAAAUCCUGGACAUUUGAAGGAUUUUAUAAACUCCCCCAGACAGGCUGGACAACCCCCCAAAAAAGAGGACGUAUGGUCACCUUAAAAAACAAGGGUGUGUCAGCAGUUUGCGUCAGGCCUGAAAAUCAGGGGAUCUGUGGAAAGAUCAAAACUUUCGAGCCAAGAUACAACAAACCAGGCUGCCCAUUAUAUUACUCAAAAUAGUACAUACCAGCUCUUUAUGAAGAGGUAUCAGCUGGUAUCAGCUGUCACCAGGCCUGUUGUGGUAGCUAAAUAUGAAUUACAAUGGAAUAAACUAGCAAACAGCAACCACACAACUGAAUGUAACUUUGGGAAAAAGAAGACCCAACUUUCACCUGGAGUAUCAUAAAUGAAAACAGAGAAACAGCUAAUUUAUAUGAGACAGUAUGUAAAAUCUGCAACAUUCAGCCAUCGAGGCAGAGCUGCCAAACACAGCACUGACAGUGACAGGCAUAAAUAUUUUCAUCUGCAGUAACACUGGUUAAGGAGAUGGGGCCAAGAUAGAAGUAACAUCCCGCCGUGACUUUAAAGUCCAUUACCUCCUACUUCAGUGGAAAGGUUCCUACAUUCUGAGUCCAGUUAAAGAUUUAAUCCAAACAAUUACACUCAUUAAAAUCUACAGAGGUCUUGUGAUCGUGCUCAAGUUGUCUUUAAUCCAUCUUAUUGUGUAAGAGCAGAGUUGUAUUCUCAGGGGAGCAACCUUAGCCUUAAUGCUACUCAUGAUAGGAGUUCAGGCUCCUUCUGAUGAUCCAGAUCAAGAACUGGCUCUUUCAGCUCCAAAAGAAAGUCUUUUACAUUCGAUGCAUGCUCACCACCCCAGGCUAGAAACGGCAGUGUAGUCAAGAAACACAAAAACAAGGUUUUGGUAACCAUUUCUCAAACUAAUCUUCGUGUAAAUAGUUGAUAAGAAACUAGACGAAUAGUAAACUAUUGGAGCUGCAGAAUAAUACUGUAUGCAAUAGUGUUGAGCCACACCACAGUCUUACUGUCACUCACCCAAUCUGAAUAAGUGGCAAUCAUGACAGAUGGGUAUCAAGUUCAUCACAAGGAGUAUGUGCCUUUAAACUCUCAUCAUAUUGAUCCUGAAUGGAAUAUAAAAGUCUCAACGGGACCAAAAGACUCAGAGUAGCUAUUCUUUCUUCAAGGGGGUGCAUUUUAAAACUAGCCUGAAAAUAAUAAUAAAGAGCAUGGUCCAAAAAGGCUGAGGGUUCAUUCUGCUAUAUCUGGGCCUUCUGUUUCCCACAAAUGGAGCACGAGUCUUUUUACAGAGCUUCAAUUAUCUUGAAGCAAACUCUCACAAUACCGUUUGAUUUUUCAAGUAUUUCAACUCCAGUGAGUGAAAUUGGUGGUUCCAUCAAAGCAGCACAUUCCCUCUCACAGACCACACUCUGCAAGCUUAAGUACAGAACAAGUGGUGUAGCAUACAAGUGACGGUCAUUUUCCAUCAGUUUCUAUUGUCUGUGGAGUCGACGGAUUUGUUUUUUUUUCCCAUAGUUUCCUCGUAACUUUACUAAAUAGAUACUUGAGGUCUCAGCGAUGCAUGUCUGCUGGAAAUGAAUAGACUGAUUUACUGACUUGGAGAUAUAAACAAGUGAAAAACACGGCUGACUUAUGUCUUGCGAUGACAACAAGCAUAAUUGCUCGGCUUUGAAAUACGUUGUUUUGUCAAUUUGUAUGGAAAAUCUGACGCUCCAGUUAUGGCCUCUCAGCCAAUCACAUCUUUUCGGCUCCCUUAAUCAUCUUUAACCUUUUUAAACUAGCAGACAGUGUAAUAAGCAGGACAGUGUCACUAUUCAUUUAAUCUGACGGUCCAGAAUCUGCGUGGAACAGCUUGUGAGUGUGUAAAGAAGGCAAGGUCAAUUACAUCCAGCUGUAUCGGAAGAUCCAAAUAAUUAAUGAAGAUACACUGUGCGUGAAAAAUUACGUCCUGUGCAUCUCAAAGUUGGACACUGCAGAUGCAUGGCACAUAAUCCUGCUGCUCAAGUCUAUAAAUAACAAUCUAAAAGAGCAGAUUCAUUUCCACACCAGGUACAAGUAGGAUUACUUGCAGAAGGCCAAGUCUGUGCUCCGAGGCAGGAAAACUGUUGCGAGGUUGUACCAACAAUAGAAAAAAUAUUGUUCAUUAUUGCUUUUUUCCCUCAGCAUUAGCUAUAACCAGCUGGCAGGAAAUUGAUGAUUUGUGGUGCUUCGACGUCUUCAUAAGCGGUACAAAUCACAAUGUUUAUCUUUGAUAAACACACAAAGGAUUACAUUACAUUGCAUUACGUAGCUCAAUAUGGGCUUCGUAGAUCUAAAGGAUAGGAACAGGGGGAUAAUGGUAAAAAUGUAUGGGUACAGCAAUUAAAUUAAAGCUAUGAUGAGUAAAAUGUCACAAAAGAAAGCCCAGAGUUCAGUAUUUGAUUAUCUUUUGUUCCAUUUUUAGGUUUCCUCUCUUUUAGGCCUUUGCAUCUCACAUUUUAUCAUGGUAGUCCAAAAGCACAGUUCAUACAAUUCACAGUGGUUCUGGGUUCAAAUCCUGGCAUGGGUCUGAACCCAGGAUUUGAACCCAGACCAUUUCACUUACAUUUCUCACUGAUUCACUAUUUGCAAACAUCACCAGGGCUACAACACUUCAAGUCGACCAAUAAGACACUAUUUGAUCAAUUUUCAUUGUGCCCCUAAAGUUCUUUGUGUGCUCCUUACUUUUUCAACUUCAGAGCACAUCUGCUCCUUGUGAAAAAAGUUAGUGUUAAGUCCUGGGUCUAUAACACAGGUUCAGACCCAGGCCAGGAUUUGAGCCUAUAACUAUUUCACUGAUUGGCAGCCAUUCAACCCAACCUGCUAUUGACCUGGCUGUCAAUAUUUGCAUUUUUAGAUCUUUUCACCUCACAUUAUGGUUGUUCAAAAACACAACUCAUACAACAGCUAGAUACAUAUGUGUAAUUUCUGCACCACAUGGUUAGACUAAGACCAGGAUUUGAACUCAGAACCACUGUACACUUUCUUAACUUCACUUCUGAACUACCCCGGUAAAAAUGUGAAAUGAAAAGAACUCAAAAAGCAAACGCUGACAGUCAGCUGGUGGUGUAGUAGUCCUUUUGUCAGAUAAAGCAAUCACAGAGACAUAAAUUUGUGACCAGAGGUCAUGGCAGACUACACAGACACACAAGUGACAUGAUGACAAAGGAGGAAGUUAUUUUUUUUAACUUUGUUCUCAAAUUUUGACAUUUCCCUUGAGCUCCAAAAUGAAAAUAAAAACGUCUUGAGGUUUUUUUUCCCUCAUUCCUUGCUCUGAUGCUCCUCCAUAGUAAAAUAUUUCAGGACCCCCAUUAAAUACUACCUUUUUUAUGUGGGUGUCAGUUAUAGACAUGCAUUAAAGAUCUCAAAUUUUCGGUUAACAGCAGCUGUAUUGCACCAGUAUUGCUACUCCUGACAUAAAAGAAGCUGGCUGUGACAGUUUGAUAUCACAGAUGCCGACAUAAUGUGGAAUAAUCUUUCCUUAUUCUGAAACUUCAUGUUUGCAAUCCCAGAUGCAACAUAAAGAAACCACCUGUUUUCAGCCAAGCUCCCAUUUGGGUGUUUCUUUCAUCAGUUGAUGUGAGAGUAGUUGAAGAUGAAGUUUUAUAGCAUGCUGUUUUUAAUGAAAAAGUUGGCAGGUCUGUCAGAUUCACAUUGAUUUCAUCUCACAGUUUGCAGUUUGGCACUUUGUCAAUAUUUUCGGAAUAAAUCUGCCGUGAACAUCGCGACUCCUAGGAGGUGAUUAAUUAAUCCUCACAUGGAUUUCAAGACGAACCAAUUUGCAAAAGUGUGGCUGUAACAUCUCUAUGGGAACAUAUUAAAAGAUUAUCUUAUAUCCCAGGACUGUUUUUUAUUCUCCACACUUCACAGCAGGACUACUUUGUUCUUCUGUGAAAACCAAGGAUCAAAGAGAGAGUUAUUGCUCACAAAGUUUUAAUGGACCCUCCUCCUGGUGCUUUAUUUCAGGUUAUAGGAACAGCUGCAUUGAUUCUGUGCAUCCUGGCCAUAGUUGAUCCACACAACAACUCUACUCCCAGAGGUCUGGAGCCCUUCACUAUCGGCAUAGUGGUGUUGGUCAUUGGUUUGUCGAUGGGCUUCAACUCAGGCUAUGCUGUCAACCCAGCCAGGGACCUGGGACCACGUAUCCUCACAGCACUGGCAGGCUGGGGUUCAGAGGUUUUCAUGUGAGUAUGAGAUAACUUAGACUAGACUGUGCUGAUAAACCAGUCAAACGAAUACUUGAAAAACUGACAAUGUAGACUAACUACUUCGAAAAAAAUCCAGCUUUUUGUUAAGAAAAUGAAAACUGACGAAAAGAGAAAGAAGGGUGCUGUGAAGGAUCCCACUUUUGGGGUACUUCAAGACAGAAAUGGGUACCCCUGUACUUGAAGGUUCUAAAACCAGACCUUACGGGGGACCUUACAACCAGAAUUUAUUUUGAGACAGACUUACUGAGUGACUUCUAGUCCCAAGGGUCUUCUGGACAUCAAGGGGUACCUCAACACAUGAGGGUACUUCAUGAUGAAUCUAAGAGGGGAGCUCAACACUAAGGGGUACUAUAAAAUCAACCACAAAGGGAACCUUUGUGUAGGGUACUUGCAAAGAGACUCGAGUGCAUACCCUUACCCUAACCACUUAGGGUACCAUAAAACGGUUUCAAUAGGAACUCUAGCAUUUAGAGUCCUUUGAGACAGGUACAUAACACUGAAAGGUAGACAGACUUCAAAUAAAACCCAAAACUUGAGAGUACUUUGAGGCGGACUACAAAGGCCACCUCUAAAUCCUAGGGUUCUUAAAAACAGAGAGCUAAUUGAGUCUCAACUUCCAAAGGUCUUUCCUCUUACAUCAAGGUACCUUAAAACCCAAUGGUUCUUUGAGACAGAUCCUAAAGGGUACUUCAAAACUUGGGAUGGAACUCAAGGGUAUCGCAACCCCCCAAAAAUGACCGACUUUAAACCCAACUUGUAAACUUCAGGGUGUAUUGGAGUAGACCACAAAUGGCACCUCAAAACUAAAGACUACCUUAAGCCAAAUCUGCAGGGAUACUGCAAAACCAAACAGCUACUUGAGAAAACACCUAAAAGGGUACCAUUUAACCAUGAAAAAGUUAAAAGACUUAAAACAAAACUUUUGAAACUUAAGAGUAAUUUACAGUCGACCACAAUCUGUACCUCAAAGCCUAAUGGUAACACAAGAGGUAACUCAAUACUUUUAGAAAAGACCUCAAAGGGGACCUUGACACUUAAGGGUGUUUAAAAACAAACAGAAGUAUCUCAACUUUCAGAGGAUUUAACUCCUUAAUUAAAGGUACUUUGGUACUCUUUGAGACAGCCCUCAGAGGGUACCCCAAAACCAAAGAGGUACUUGAUGAAAACUUAAAUCGGUAUCCCAAGACAGACCACAAAGGCAAACUUUAAACUCACCCUGAAGUCUGAAGGAUUGUUUGAAGUGGACCUCAAGAAAAACAACAAUGCUAAAGGUCACUCUGAGACAGACCUGGUUGGAUAACCCAAAAUCAAGGGACCAUAAAACAAGAGCCUAACAGUUCCCCUUUUGUGUCUCUAUCAGCUACAAAAAAGACUUUCACAAAUUGCACAAAAAGGAGCCUCUCCACCACAAACCUUCACUUCAGCAUCUGCAUCCUGGAUAGAGCUGAUUAGAGUCGUACAAAGCAUCCACUGCGGUUCUUGUUAUUACAUCUUUUGAUCAAGCAAACAUGAACCAGAACAGUUCCCUCUCUCUCUCUCUUUAUACGAAAUCUCUCAAUGUUAAAGGUUUUAGACUAAUUUAAAAACACACUUGAGGGAUAAUAAAUUGAAGUGCAUACUUAGUUACUCAUUCAUUUGCAUUUCUAUUGUGUGUGUUUUUUUAGCGCCCCUUUAAACAUUUUAAAAUGAGAGUGCCUUGAUAUCGACGUGGUUCACAUGCCUUCUGACCCCCGACAUCAAUAGCCUCUGAUAUGCACUCAUAUUUUAUUCAGGACUGUUACACGGAGUAAAUUGAAUGCAAAAUUCAAAACGACACCAUGCAUCAUGGUUUUUCAAUUUGUUCUCUUGCAGAGCGAACACCCACUGGUUCUUUGUGCCUCUGUGUGCCCCCUUCUUGGGUGCAGUGGUGGGUGUGCUGAUGUAUCAACUAAUGAUUGGAUACCAUUUAGAAGGAGAGGCGCAGGAUGACCAGAAGACGAAGGAGGAGGAGGAAGAGGAGGAGGAGGAAAGGUUUAAACUCUCCAAUACUGCAACCAACAGAGAUAUAUGAGGACUGUCAAAUGGCUUUUAGAAAUUAUGAUGUGU